CAACCAGCCACCCACCUCCAUCCCUCCACCCCAUCGAGCAGAUAUUUGCGUCGAUGGAGGGGUAGCCGUAGCACGUUUCCGGCCAUAGAUGAUCUGUACCUGCAUUCCCACACUGUCUCAACUCCUUCCUCUUCUGCACGUAACAGGCAUCAGUGUCACUCUCGCGCCGCUUGUCUCGCCGUGAUCUGAACCAGGCGUACCUUCGACAAAGGCUGCGGUGUAUAAGCAAUGCGACAUGCAUGACGGUGUUGAUAACAUCUCACCUCUCAACAAGACUUUGGCUAGCCCUACUAAUACACCACGCACCAUCUGCGCAAACACUUCUGAAUUUGAUCACAACAACAAUCAUCGCAUCUUGACAUAUCGCACUUCUGCACAGUAACUAUAGAUGACAGUCUCAAGCUCAUCCGCCAUGACAGCGCGCCAAGCCUACCUAGACUACAGCUUUAAUGCAUCAAUGGACGAUUACGAAGCACCAGCGCGAGAGUUCUCUCCGACUAUGCCGUUCGACCUGCCGUCUCAGCACUCCGGCUUCCGCAGCAAUGUCGCAUCUGAAUACAGCGAGAGCGGGUCAUCGCGACGAUCAUACAGCCCACCCGCAUGGCGCAAAGCGGGCAGCGGCUGGUUCAAGCAUCCUUCUCUGUCGCCGACAAGGGAAAGGCGAAGGAGCAAAGAGUCGAGCCCACAGUACGCCGGGCCGGGCGAGGAGGGCGAUGAUGGCGAUGUAACAGCGUAUCGAAUUGCGACUACCGUGCCAUUACCAGGCUCGCCAACAAAAGGCAGGAGUCCCAGCAAUAGCCCAGAAGCUGAGGUGAGGCCUGGCGCACAAGUUGAUAGAGGUGGUGGUGGUGGUGGUGGUGAAGGUCGGCUACCACCGGAGACGCAUGUGAACAAUGAGCGGGAGUCAGCCGAACCCGACACCCCUACACAAAGUAACUACUUUCGCUUCUCAACACGAUUAGAUGUGGUACAGCGAACGCAGCCGAUCGAAGAUACCAUCAGCUCCGUACGCAAACUCUAUCAUAACAUGACGGAGUCCAAAUGGCACACAUUCGGCUACGUAAUGGGUGCGAUUGCAGCAUGGAUGCUUGCCAUAAACCUGCUAUCGACACCCAACCAGGGUCCAGUACCCGAUCUUGUGAAAGUGGCCGGAUUCGCCAAGUCACUGGAGCCGGCCAUCUACUACUCCGAGCGUGGUCAUGCGCAGAUCGGCGAGCUUCAAGAAACCGGCGUCGCAGUAUGGGACUUGGGCGAGAGCGUCCGAAACACGAACAUGACUUCUGCGCCGAUCAUUGUCAAUCAGCUUGACGAUCUGAGCGACAGCAUUAAGACGCUCGCCAUAGAGCUGACGCGUUUCUUCUCCGGCGUCGAUGGCGAUAUUGACAACAUCCUACUCAUGAUGGAGUGGGCGCAACGCGAACUAACCGCCAUCUCCAACCUCCCCACCUCGGGUAUCAGUACGAUCUGGUCAAACACUUACAGCCUGCUCACUCGCAUCGGCCUGGUAAGCCAAGGCCAAUUGGCGCAGAGCAUACUAGGCCAGACGCAACAGCAGCUCACGCGGUCGACACUCGAGCGCGUCUUCCACGAGUACCUCAACGUGCUGGAAGAGACCAUCAGUAACGAGAUCACAUACAGCAUGCAGCUCUUCCAGUUGUUUGAGGUGAUUGACAAGCAAUUCCUCAACCUGCAACGCAGCGUCAUCCGCGAGCAAGACACGCAAGAGCGACUCGAGAACGAGUUCCUAAGCACGCUGUGGACGAAAGUCAUUGGCGUGAACGCGAGCAAACUGCGGAAAUAUGAGAAGAACAAGGAUCUACUCGCUUCUGUCCGUGACCGGACAGUGAGGAAUAAGCAUAUCCUCGUCGACCACAACCAGCGAUUACGCCAGCUGCAGUCCAAUCUCGAGACGCUGAGACGCAAGCUCGUGAGUCCGCUUGUAAGGAGUCAGAAUAGCAGCACGCUGUCGGUGGAGGAGCAGAUUAAGGGGUUGGAGGGGACGUAUGUGCAGCUGAAGAGUUCGAGGGAGGUGCAGAGGAGGAAGAUGUUGGAGGUGGUGUACGGAGCUGGGGAUCGAAGGCAUGGGAGUCCGAGUUAUAUGAUUGGGGAGCCGAGUUUGGAGGCGAGGGUUGUUGGUGGGUGAGAGUAACAUGUUUGAUGGUAUUGGCGCACUUCAGGUUGGAGGAUGGGUGGGUGUGGUACUGGAGUAGAUCUUGGCUAGGGUCUUUGCGACUGUCCUGAGCACUUCACCUGUGUCUUCGCGUUCUCUUGUGCAUCCCGUCGCUUGUAGAUAUUGCCAAGCGGAAGCGAGAUGGUGCCAAGGGGGGCUGUGCAAGCGUUGCCGC